CCUUACUAUUAAAGCCGUAGGAAUGAGUGAGGCAGACGACUCUAGAAGCAGAGGCACUCUGUGAAGGGGAAGUCAACUCUGAGGAUGCCAGAGCCAACCAAAAAAGCAGUCUCUGCCUUUGUCAAGAAGCCAAAGGGUCAGGAGGCAGAAGAGGGCUCCUGUGUGGUGUUUGAGGCGGAGACAGAGAAGCACAACGCUAAAGUCAAAUGGCAGUGCGGCGCAAAGGACAUAGACAACAGCAAGACACACGUAAUCGCUGCAGACGGAAACAAACACUCCUUCACCAUACCAGCCGUCACCAAGGGAGAUGCCAAUGUCUAUGCGGUGAUUGCUGGGGGGUCGAAGGUGAAGUUCGAGCUGAAAGUUAUAGCAAAGCCAGGCGAUGGGGUACCGGACACCCAGAAGCCCCCGGCUACAGCUGACGUCCCGGGGGAUACGGCAGCAACUGGGACCCCGGCAGGAGAGGGGGAACCGAGCACUGGUCCGGUCCCUGCACCGGCAGACCCCCCUGCACCUGCAUCGGCAGAGCCCCCGGCAACGGCAGACCCCCCGGCCCCGGCUGCACCCACCGAGGAUGCUCAGCCCGACACCAGACAGGAUCUGACUGGUCUGUUCACAGAGAAACCGCAGAGUGGAGAAGUUACCGUUGGUAAGACCAUCACGUUUGUGGCCAAGGUGCACCUUGGCACGCUGUUGAAGAAACCAGCUGUCAAAUGGUUUAAGGGGAAGUGGAUGGACCUCGCGAGCAAGUGUGGGAAACACCUGCAGCUUAAGGAGACGUAUGAUCGGAAAACCCAGAUCCAUACCUUUGAGAUGCAAAUUGUAGAGGCCAAGCCCAACUUUGCAGGGGCUUACAGAUGUGAGGUGUCAUCCAGGGAUAAGUUCGACAGCUGUAAUUUUGAUCUGAUCGUACACGAGGCCUGUGCUGUUGAAGGCUUUGACAUCAGGGCAGCUUUUAGACGCACUAGCAUUGAUGGGAAAGAGGAUUCGGGGGAGCUGGACUUCAGCGGCUUGCUCAAGAAGAGGGCUACGCAGACGAACGCAGGGCCUGAUGUGGAUGUCUGGGAGAUUCUCAAGAAGGCCCCUGUAACAGAUUAUGAGAAGAUUGCCUUCCAGCACGGCAUCACAGACCUGCGGGGCAUGCUCAAGAGACUGAAAAAGAUGAAGAAAGAAGAGAAGAAAAGUGAAGCCUUCAACAAGAAGCUGGAUCCUGCCUACCAAAUAGAGAAGGGCCAUAAAAUUAAGUUAGCCAUUGAAGUGACUGAUCCAAACGCCUUGGUGAAGUGGAUGAAGAAUGGACAGGAGAUUCAGCCCACUGGAAGCAAGUACAUCUUCGAGAGCGUUGGCAACAUGCGCUACCUCACCAUCAACCACUGUUCCCUGGCUGACGACGCAGCCUACACCUGCGUGGUGGGAGAGGAGAAGUGCACCACUGAGCUUUUCGUCAAAGAGCCUCCCGUAACCAUCGUGAAGGACCUGGAAGAUCAGAUGGUGAUGGUGGGAGAGAGGGUGGAGCUGGAGUGUGAGGUGUCCGAGGAGGGAGCUCCUGUCAAGUGGGAGAAAGAUGGCGUGGAACUGACAAGAGACGAGUCAUUCAAGUAUCGCUUUAAGAAGGACGGCCUGAAACACAUACUGAUCAUAAACGAGGCUACGAAAGAAGACUGCGGCCACUACAGAGUCAAGACCAACGGAGGAGAGUCAGUAGCAGAACUAAUGGUGCAGGAGAAAGACCUGGAGGUUUACCAGAGCAUCGCAGACCUCACCGUGAAGGCCAAGGAAGAGGCGUUCUUUAAGUGUGAGGUAUCUGAUGAGAAGGUGAAGGGAACGUGGUACAAGAACGGUGUGGAGGUCAAGGCGAGCUCCAGAACCCAUAUCACUCACGUUGGCAGGAUUCACAAGCUGACCAUCGAUGCUGUGACCCCCGAGGAUGAGGGAGACUACACAUUCGUGCCAGAGGGCUACGCUUUCAACCUCUCUGCCAAGCUCAAUUUCCUGGAGGUGAAGAUUGAUUACGUUCCACGGCAAGAUCCCCCAAAGAUCCAUCUGGACUGUAUGGGCCGCAGUGCGGACUCUACCAUUAUAGUCGUGGCUGGCAACAAACUGCGGCUGGACGUCCCUAUCACUGGUGAUCCGGCCCCAACAGUGAUUUGGACCAAGGGAGGGAAGGCUAGUGCUGCAAAGCCAGAGGAUGCUGCAAACAAAGGAAAGGCCCCCCUCUCUUGGACCGUGAACGAGCUUGGAAAGGUGGUGUCAGAGGGAGACGGGAGAGUGCACGUGGAGAGCACCAUGGGCCACUGUGUGUUCACCAUUGAGGGGGCGGAGAGGCAGGACGAAGGGGGCUACUCGGUCAUUGUUCGCAACCCAGCCGGGGAGGACACCGCUGAAAUUAUCGUAAAAGUUGUCGACGUGCCAGACCCCCCCCUGGCCCCCAGGGUGCUGAGUGUGGGUGAGGACAGCUGUGUGGUCCAGUGGGAUCCCCCUGCGUUUGACGGGGGUCAGCCUGUCAUCGGCUACGUGCUGGAGAGGAAGAAAAAACAAAGCUACAGAUGGAUGAGGUUGAACUUUGACCCCUACCCCGACACAACCUUCGAAGCCAAGAGGAUGAUCGAGGGCGUGGCCUAUGAGAUGCGGGUCUACGCUGUCAACGCCAUCGGCAUGUCGUGCCACAGCGCUGCCUCCCAGCCCUUUGUACCAGUCGCUCCUACUAGCGAGCCCAUUGGGCUGUGCAUUGAUGACAUAAGCAACACCACCAUCUCGCUGAAGUGGAGGACGCCUGAGCGGGUGGGCGCAGCUCAGCUGGAAGGAUACGGGGUUGAGUACUGCAAAGAGGGCACAGAUGAAUGGGUGCCAGCCUUUGAAGGUCUGAUUGACAGAAACUCUGUGGUAAUCAAAAAUCUUUGCACUGGAGAUAAGCUGCAUUUUCGUGUGCGGGCCUACAACAUGGCUGGCCCCAGUCCCCCCGCCAGACUGGCCCAGGCCGUCAGCAUCCAGGAGAUCAUGCAGCGACCCAAAAUCUGGAUCCCCAGAAACCUUCGGCAGACUCUGGUUAAGAAAGUUGGAGAGAGCAUCAAUCUUGUGAUUCCAUUCCAGGGUAAGCCAAGGCCCACGGUGAGCUGGAGCCGAGAUGGUGAGCCCCUGAAACCCACAGAAGUCAGCCUCCGCAACAGCGACACAGACACCAUCCUCUUCAUCCGCAUGGCGGAGAGGACACACUCUGGGAAAUAUGAUCUCCAGGUGCAGAUUGAAAACGUUGUAGACACAGCCAGCAUCCAUAUACAGAUCGUGGAUCUUCCAGGAUCCCCUCAAGACCUUAAGAUUACGGACGUGUGGAGUUUUAACGUUGCAAUUGAAUGGAAGGCACCGAAGGACAAUGGAAACUGUGAUAUUAUUGGUUACCUUGUUCGGAAGGCCGACAAGAAGACCAUGGAGUGGUUCACAGUGUUUGAGCAGCACAGACGUACCAACUGCGUGGUGUCUGACCUGGUCAUGGGGAACGAGUACGUUUUCCAAGUGCUUGCCAUAAACCAGGUCGGCCUAAGCCCAGAACCUUGCAACUCCAAGGACAGCGCCUACAUCGAGAAAGCAGGUAGCCGCUACAAAUCCCCGAACUACAAGCAGCAUGACUUCUCGGAGGCAGCUAAGUUCACCCACCCGCUGGUCAGCCGCUCUGUGAUAGCGGGGUACAACGCCACGCUCAGCUGCUCCGUUAGAGGGAUCCCUAAGCCCAAAGUGACCUGGUACAAAAACAAGAUGGACAUCUCCAACGAGGCAAAAUACAGAAUGUUCAGCAAGCAAGGCGUCCUGACCCUGGAGAUACGCAAGCCCUGCACCUUUGACGGGGGGGUCUACACCUGCAAGGCGGUGAACGACAGCGGCGAGGACGUCGUGGAGUGUAAACUCGAAGUUCGCUCUCAAAUCUAUAAAGAGGAAAAAAAGAGAGAAGAAAAAAAAGAGAAAUGUGGAGAAUCUGACUGAAGAAGAGCCUGGGAUUUCAGGGCCAAGUGGGCAAAUGUGUUCAAGAUAAAUACGAUGAUAUCCGUUAUUUUUCACAUUUUGUGUUUUGACCACUUACCAUUUUGUGUGACCUAUUUACCAAUAAUGAGAACUGCUUGUCUCAGUCUUAUUUAUCAUUCGGCUGGUUUGUGGAUUUUUGUUCUGGCAUUCAGUAUUAGUAUUCAGAAAUAAUAAAAACAUCUGUGAAAACAGUAAUUAAACGCAUUCAAUCCUAUGUUAUACUGCUAAAAAGUAGGUAGACUGAUGUGAUUACAGCCAGUUGGUUGUGAUGCAACCUAGAAGCCUGGUAACGCUUUGCUUACGACACCUCACGACAACCUAAACCUAAUCCAAUAUUAUUUGUCAUGUUAACAGCGUAUACAGUUAUGAUUACAUUUAGGCCCUCUUCGAGAUGGUUUGGUUUAGGUUACAGACUGUUAAGUUUAGGUAUUAUGUGAGGGAUGGUUAAGUUUAGGUUUGAUAGUUCAUGUUAGAGAUGGUGAUGUGUAGGUAUUUAGUUAAUGGUAGUUAAAUUUAGGUACGAGGCUAGAGAUGGUUAUCUUCAUGUAUAACGUUAGAGAGUGGUUAUAUGUGUGAUUAAGUUGAAGCGCUGUUGUAUCUCUUCUCUAAAGAUGGUUCCAAGGUAAGGGUGUUAGAAGUAUAACAGAUGUGCUCAAAGACAGGGUAUAGAGAAAUAAAAGACUAUAAUCAAAUAAGGUUAGUCGGCCGUUGGACUGGUGUAAUGGAAGGUUGUUUGACGACCACACAAUACAACACCCCGGGAUUGGAAGGCCAACACUGCUAAACUAAAUGAACGCAGCCAUAUGGGUUGGCAAAUUUAAGUGUAUUUAAGCUUUCAGGAGUGAGGUUUACCAUAGAAGACUCAUGUAAACUCUUUACAUUGUGUCUCUUUGGUCCUUCUGCAUUGCAAGAAGAUUCUUGAUUAUGGAUAUAAGUGGAAACAUUUGUUGGGCAAUGAAAUCUCCUAUAAAUACAGCACCAUCAGUAAACUCAUUUAGCAGAGGAUUUUAUAGAUUUACAUCUGAGGUUGAGAACUAUCAAAGCAAAUACAAAUGGAAACAAAAAAGGAAAUGUUAGCAAUAAUCAUCACAUUUUUACAAUACUUGUUUCAAGAGGUGACCGCCACCUGUAUAGUUAUUUCAUCUAAAUAUUAGUGUUAUAAAAAACGAUACCAGCCGGUGAGAUGUUCCCAGAAAAGACUAGUCUUCAGAUAUUUAUGAAGACCGGGAGAAAUGCAGUUUCUUAAUUUGGUCUUCGACGAAUUGUAAGUAAUUCUCUAUUCUUCCCAAAUACCAGGAUAUAAUUAAAUGUAACACACCAGUCCCCUCUGUAUGUACCAAGUACGGUUUCAAAUUUGCCAAAUUAACAUACUUUGACCCUAACAAGUUUGAAUAAAGGCAAAUCAAAACCAAUUCAAAAGCUAUGCUCAGUAUCUUACCUGGGUCCACAUCAUGGGUCAUUAAGCUACUGUACCGCUCCGGGACUUUACUCCAUCCGUAGCUCCCCUAGCAGCAGGCUGGGGGUUGAAGAACAUUACCUUUAGCCAUUUAACAGAUGCCUAAAGGGACUUGCAUAAAACCAUCUGCUAAAUCAUAAUCCAAAGUGAUUGCCUGUGCCUUCAAGAGAAGCAGGUGGAGUCCCGGCAGAUUGCCUGUUACAUUACAGUAACAACUUGGCAAAGUGAAUACAUAUGUCUUUAGAUUUCUUUACCUUUUCUGAAAAGAUGGGAUUAGUGUAUCCCGGAAUGACUCUUGUGGCCACAACUGCCUGCAUGGUAGAUGCAUUAAAUUGACUAGGUUAAAUACAAUUCACAUUGGGGCAAAGAGUUUCUCCAA